ACAAGUCCGUCAUUAGCCGCUAGAGUUCGUCGCCGCCAGUGAUACAGUGCGAAAAUGAAAUUAAAGUGAAAGAUUUAAUGAAAAGCUAAGUGCGCCGUGGAUAGUGAAACUGAUCCUUAGCGAAAAGGAUACAGCAUUUGAGUGAAAUUAUUAUUUUGCUUUGUGAAAAGUACGAAAGUUCAAAGAGUCUGCCGGGACUGGUUUUAUAUUUCUUCCAAAUUAAGGAUACCAACAAAAUGCUUUUCAACUUUUGCAACAACUCAGAGGGCGUUUUCAACAGCGCCUAUCGUAUGCAGUUAUUGGCGGCAGCCAGUGUUACCAUCAUAACAUUUUGCAAUGGCAUCGGCAUUGGCUGGUGCGCGCCCAUGCUGGCCAAAUUACAAUCGCCCAUAGAUAGUCCCCUCGAUUUUACCGCUACGGUGCAGCAGACAUCAUGGAUCGGUUCAUUGGUUUGCGUCGGCGGUAUCACUGGAAAUGUACUAUUUGGUGUGCUGUUGGAUCGGAUCGGUCGCAAAGCCUGCAUUUAUCUACUCGCAAUACCACAUAUGUGUUUCUGGAUAUUAGUCUAUUUCGCGCCAUCCAUUGAAUACUUGUACGCUGCACGUUUUGCUUCCGGUAUAACUGGUGGUGGCACAUGGGUUGUAAUACCGAUUUUCAUUUCAGAAAUCGCAGAUCCAACCAUACGCGGUCGUCUCACCUCAUUGUUUACGCUAUUCCUUAACGGUGGUAUGUUAACUGGUUAUACCCUCUCAUCUUAUGUACCAUAUCACAUUAUACCAAUGGCGGUGAUAUUGCUACCUCUGCUCUAUCUAAUAAUCGAAACCUACUUCCCCGAAACACCAUCGUAUCUGCUGCAUUGUGGAAAAGAGGAGGAAGCAGAGAAAUCGUUGAAAUUCUACUUGAACUACAGAGAUCCAAACAAACUGGAGGUUGAACAAUUCAAUAUCAAAUAUGCGGAAUUGAAAAGCGCCGUAAAACAACAAAAAUCUCAAUCGGAUGCGGUCACACUGCGCGAUUUCUUCACGAAGCGCGCUCUACGCGCCUUGACCAUAGCCAAUACUGUCAUCUUAAUUAACAUAGUAACCGGCAGCUUUACAUUGCUCAGCUACAUGUCCACCAUCUUUGUGGCUGUUAAAACCGAUAUUCAUCCCGACACGAACACUGUCAUCAUCGGUGUGGUUCAAAUUCUAGGCGCCUAUAUCGCUAUCAUUUUGGUCGAUCGUUUUGGGCGCAAAGUUUUACUCAUGAUCUCUACAGCUUCCACGGGCAUUUGUUUGGCAGCUUUUGGUACGUACGCAUUCUUCGUGGAAGAAACAAGUGUGGAUCUAACACCAUAUCGCUCGUGGCUGCCACUCGUACUUAUGGCGCUGAUUAUACUCACGGCAAAUGUAGGCAUUAUACCAGUGCCUGCCGUCGUCAUCGUGGAGAUUUUGCCGCCAAAGAUUCGUGCAAAAGGUGUUUCGUUUUGUGUGACACUGCUCAGCUUCUUCGCAUUUGUCAUGCUGAAAGUGUUUCCACCAUGUAUGGAAGCUUUCGGUUUGGCAACGACAGUUUGGGGAUUUGCGGUAUUCUCGGCAUUAGGUCUAUUAUAUAUAGCAAUAUUUGUGCCAGAGACGAAAGGAAGGUCCAUGAAUGUAGACGAAGACUAAUAGACAAUUCAACUAACAACUGAAGUCAGUUACUGUUAUCAGCUUAUCACAUCAUAUUCAUAGAAAGAUUAUGGAUAUUUUGUGUGUUUGUAUAAGUAUAAGAAGCUUCAGCUGGUAUUUCACCACUUUGUGUAUUUAAAAAGAACAUGACUUCUUUCUUUUUAAUGUGAUAUUAUAUAAUUUUAGUAUUAAGCCUUUUUUAAGUUUAGGGAGAAUAAUAAAAAAUUCAAAAACAAUAAAAAUAAUA